GACGUGAUGUGCUCUUAAUAUUUGCACAAGUUUCUGCUUUCCUCUGACUGUCCCACUUUCCUGUAAAGAGUGCUGGAGUCAGACACGGUUAGUCACUGUCAGGAUAUAUGAGCACACUUUGGGAAUAAUUGGAAAUCUAAGAAUCCGAUAUAUUUGAAGCUCUCAAAGAUGAAUUCCUGGCUUAUACGCGUGCUCCUGCUGAUGGUCUUUUGUUGCCAUGACGCCCUCUCGUGUCCGAAGCGAUGCACGUGCCACUUCAGCACCAAAACCACCGAGGUCGUGUGCCCUGAUGCUGGCCUCUCUCACUUUCCUGGAAAUGGACUGCCAGGCAACACCACCUCCCUAACCAUCCAAUUCACCAACCUGAGCGUGCUGACCUCUCAAGAUCUGAAAGCCAUCCCGCUCCUAGAGGAGCUGCAUCUGCCUGGCAACAAACUGAGCAGCUUACUAGCAGAUCUUUUGAAGGAUGUUCCCAACCUACACACCAUAGACCUCACAGAUAAUGAAUUGCAAGAGCUUCCUUCACAAGUCUUCCAUCACGCUCCACUUCUUAACCUGGUGCUCAAAGACAACCGCAUCUCCAGCAUCCACCCAGACUGGAUACCCAUCGACAGCAAUCUCACAUGGUUGGACUUGUCGGGAAACCAUCUUACAAAAUUUCCAAUGGCUCAACUCCAAAAAUUGAAUCACCUUAAGGUUCUGCACCUCUCGCAGAACAAACUCGAGGAACUACCGGUUGGGUGCCUAGAUGCUCAUCCUGCUCUAGAGAGACUUCAUUUGGAACAAAACAAAAUCGAAAAACUGGAUGUAAAGGCGUUCAGCCACACCGCAAACCUGACUCACAUUUUCUUGCAGAAGAACAGACUGGAGAUGGUGCCUCCCACAGUUUUUCAAGGGCUCGACCGCUUGGAGUUUGUAGAUCUCCACGAAAACAGGCUGAAGUUUCUGUCCCCCGGCACAUUAGAUAUUAACACCAGUUGGGUAGAGUUAACCUUUAACCCCUGGCACUGUGAUGAUACAAUUGAGUACCUAUGGAGGAAACUAACCACAGAGUCACUGCAAUCUGAGCCAAAAUGUGCGUCGCCGGAGAACCUGAAAGAUCGCGCUGUUGCUACACUUACUCUCAAAGAAAUGGGUCUACCAGAGGAAGCAAAACAAGAUUAGAAGAUAAUCAUAAAAAGAGAAGACCAUAAUGGGUGCUUUAUGGUUCAAAAGACAAUGCAAACAUUUGUUUUAGUAUUAUACACUGCUAAUAUGAAAUUUUCUCUCUAUAUUCAGAAAAGCGUUAAGAAAAUUGUCAUGAAGAUUUCUUCUAAAAUAUAGAAAUUGUUAUCAUAAAUGUUUAAAUUUAUUACAAUAGUCUGUCAAUGUGUUAUAAGCAUAAGUGAAAUACUAAAUGUGUUUUGACACGUCAAUAAAUUCUGGACAAUGAAAGACAA